GGGGCAUUGCUGGGCAUUGAUGGGCAUUGAUCGUGCUAUUCCUGGCCUCUCAUCCAAUUCGAUCCCCUGUGACACGUUUUUUUUUUCUUUUUUGUUGCUGGCUUGGUUGAGUCGCCGGGCCUUCGUUCGCAUCCGCUUGACUCUCUGUUCGGAUCGACCAGCAUCGAGGAACCAUCUCGGCCACUCCACCACACCCAGUUCGACAGCAGACCCGCCGCCUCCCGCUAUGGCCUCCCCACCCGCCAACUUUACUCCGUUCUGCGACGGCGUCGACCUGAUCUUUGCUCGCUGGCCGGCCCUGCAGUUUGUGCUGGAGCAGCAAAUCAGCGGCCCUGCGACCAACGAGCAGGCCGCAACGAUGGUGCAGUUCACCAAGGACUUUUUCCUCAAGUAUGGCACCGACGUCGAGGCGUACGAGCUCGGCGACAACUUCACCGGCUAUUUUGACGAGAUCUUUGAUGCCGAUCUUGAGGACGGCAGCGGCGAGCAAGUCGGCAAGGCGCUGGUCCAACUCUACCAGGACGUGGUUGUCCUCGGACGGCUCGAGAUUGUCGAUUUCCUGAGAGAAAAGGUCCGGACGCAGCAGCGCACACCCAAGCAAGUGGUGGGCGACAACAACGAAGUCGACAGCGACGAGGCUGGCGACGACGACAACGGUAACGACGACGAUGAAGGCAACGGUGCUGGAGCCGACGGCAUGGAUAUCGACCAAGAUGGCUCUGGCUCUGGCUCUGGCUCGAACGGCGGCGCUGGCGGCUCCUCAGGACGGCCAGAGCCCCAAGGGCCCAUCGUCGACGAAGACGGCUUUGAGCUCGUGCAAAAGGGCCGCCGCCGCCGCUAAAUGCGGCCGCCUUUGGCUUGAGGCAGAGUUUGUCUGCGAUCCACUGCCGAUCCGCUGCUGCCAGGCCUGGAUCGGCCUUCUGGGUCUUGAUCGAUCGGACUCUGCGCAUACAUGUCCGCCCAUCUCAAUGCACGGAUGUUGCUCGCUGAUGGACGCCAGAGGACGCCAGGAUGUGUACUCGCUGCUCUUGCCUCUGCCCAUGGCGCCGCCCUGCUUUCGUUCGCCUGGAGACUGUCUCGGGUGUUUCCCGCUGGUUUUGUCUGUCUGUCUAUCUAUCUGUCUGUCUGGCCGCUGUUCUGUUUGCGUCUGCACUCAUGUUUCGACCGCCUCGCUGCCCUCGAAUGAAGACUAUUGCGCCUGUUGCGCGCAUGUUGGCUUGGAACAUGGUGCUCUUUCUCUGCGAG